CAGCUAUUAUCGCGUAUCGCAAGGCGCGUAUCUGUGCUAUUCCAAAAGCUGAGAAGAUAACAUCCAACAACGACCUCAGUCCUAUAUCCAUUCUUCCAACCCUAUCCAAGAUCUUCGAACGUUUGGUUCCUCGACAAAUGUCUGAUUUCGUAACAAACACAACUACUGGAGUAGUUCAGUUAGUGCCUACCGCAGAGGUCACAACACCACGACUGUCAUGUUGGCAAUGCGAGAUGACAUUUAUCGAGCUGUGA